UGCCCGCGCACGGCUCUCUCCGAGCUCGUCACAGUGUCCCCUCUCCGCUCAGUAUUUAUAAAGCGCCCCGGUGCGCGCAAAGGCACAAGCGUGCCUCGUCUCUGGAGAGGCAGAGCGCGCAGCUGAGACUUGGAGACGGAAUUUCUUUUCUUUCUUUCUUUUUUUUUUCUUUUUCUUUUUUCCUUUUUUGGGUGAGGAGGAGGGAUGAAAGAGCCGUGCAGCCGCUGCUGAGGAAAGGAAAAGACGCAGGAGUUUUACCCCAAGUUGACAGCAGCAGGUCGUUCUGACCGCGACCUCGUUCUCAGGGAAACAUCCCUGGGGGCACAAGCACACACCAUCACACACAGGCACCAUGCAGGAAUCGGAGCCCACAGUGUGCCAGCUGCAGCCCAACAUCAUCUCAGUGCGCCUCUUCAAGAGGAAGGUUGGUGGUCUGGGCUUUCUGGUGAAGCAGAGGGUGUCCAAGCCACCUGUCAUUGUGUCAGAUCUGAUCCGCGGCGGCGCGGCAGAGGAAUGCGGCCUGGUGCAGGUGGGUGACAUUGUGCUGGCUGUGAACAACAAGCCCCUGGUGGACCUGUCCUACGAGCGGGCCCUGGAAACGCUCAAAAAUGUGCUGCCCGAGAGCCACGCUGUGCUGAUCCUCCGCGGUCCCGAGGGCUUCACCACCCACCUGGAGACCACUCUGUCCGGGGAUGGCCGCCAGCGCACCGUGAGGAUCACACGCCCCACGUUCCCGCCCUCAAAGUCUUACGACCAGUGGUCCCCCCUCAGUGCGCUGAGCCCCGGGCAGCAGCAGCAGAUCAACAAAGAGCCCCAGCUCAGGGCCAUUGAGAACCUGUCCUCCCCGUCCAUCACUCAGUCCCUCAUGCAGAGGGGCGGCGUGCAGGGCCAGGACCCCCUGCUCCUGAGGGACGUGGGCCGCGGAGCCCUCCUGUGCAACGGGCUGGAGGAGAACAAUGAGCUCCUGAAGGAGAUCGAACCGGUGUUACGCCUCAUCAAAAACAGCAAACGGGAGAUCAAUGGAGAAGGCCAGAGGAAUGCUGGGAAAAGGGACACCGAGAUUCAAGUGGCUGGGGACCUUGGCGUGGGAAAUGGCACAUCACCUCAGCUGGCCAGAGAUAACGACAGAAUGCUGGAAAACAUGCCGGUGGUGCUCAACAAGGCUGACGCCGACAAGCCUCCAGCCCAGGGCAGGACCUCGCCCAUCAAAUCACUGCAGAACGGCAGCCCCUCCAAAUGCCCCCGCUUUAUAAAGAUCAAGAACUGGGAGACCGGCACCAUCUACAGUGACACCCUUCACCACAGCUCCAGCAAGAUGCCGCUCUGCUCUGAGAAUGUGUGCAUCGGCUCAGUGAUGAUGCCCACCCAGCACACCCGCAAGCCAGACGAGGUCACCACUAAAGAGGAGCUCCUUCCACUGGCCACCGACUUCAUAGACCAGUACUACACCUCCAUCAAAAGGUAUGGCUCUAAGGCUCACGUGGACAGACUGGAGGAAGUCACCAAGGAGAUUGAAGCUUCAGGAACUUAUCAGCUGAAAGACACUGAGCUGAUUUAUGGAGCCAAACACGCCUGGAGGAAUGCUGCUCGGUGCGUAGGAAGGAUUCAGUGGUCCAAACUGCAGGUUUUCGAUGCCAGAGACUGCACCACAGCCCAUGGAAUGUACAACUACAUCUGUAACCACAUCAAGUACGCCACCAACAAAGGCAACCUGAGGUCAGCCAUCACCAUUUUUCCUCAGAGGACGGAUGGCAAACAUGACUUUCGGGUGUGGAACAGUCAGCUCAUUCGUUAUGCAGGCUACAAACAACCUGACGGACAGAUCCUGGGAGACCCUGCCAAUGUUGAAUUCACAGAGAUCUGCAUCCAGCUUGGAUGGAAAGCCCCGAAGGGUCGUUUCGAUGUCCUGCCUCUUCUGCUACAGUCCAAUGGAAAUGACCCCGAGCUGUUUGAGAUCCCUGAAGACCUCAUUCUUGAGGUGCCCAUCACACACCCAAAAUUUGAGUGGUUUAAAGACCUGGACCUGAAGUGGUACGGCCUCCCGGCGGUUUCCAACAUGCUGCUGGAGAUCGGCGGUCUGGAGUUCACAUGCUGCCCCUUCAGCGGCUGGUACAUGGGCACAGAGAUCGGCGUGAGGGACUUCUGUGACAGCUCUCGCUACAACAUUCUGGAGGAAGUCGCAAACAAAAUGGCCUUAGACACCAGGAAGACAUCCUCCCUUUGGAAAGACCAAGCGCUCGUGGAGGUCAACAUUGCUGUACUUUACAGUUUCCAGUCAUGCAAGGUGACCAUAGUGGACCAUCACUCAGCGACAGAGUCCUUCAUGAAGCACAUGGAGAAUGAGUUUCGGGUCCGAGGCGGCUGCCCCGGUGACUGGGUGUGGAUUGUGCCUCCAAUGUCGGGAAGCGUUACGCCAGUUUUUCACCAAGAAAUGCUCAACUACAGACUCACCCCAUCAUUUGAGUACCAGUCUGAUCCGUGGAACACCCAUGUGUGGAAAGGAGUCAACGGGACACCCACAAAGAAGAGAGCCAUCGGAUUCAAGAAGCUUGCCAAGGCUGUGAAGUUUUCAGCGAAGCUCAUGGGCCAAGCCAUGGCCAAGAGGGUUAAAGCCACCAUACUGUUUGCCACAGAAACGGGCAAAUCUCAAGAUUACGCUAAAACACUCUGUGAAAUCUUCAAGCACGCCUUUGACCCAAAGGUCAUGGGCAUGGAUGAAUACGAUGUGGUGGAUCUGGAGCACGAGACGCUGGUUUUAGUGGUAACCAGCACAUUUGGCAACGGCGACCCACCUGAAAAUGGAGAGAAAUUUGGAGCUGCCUUAAUGGAGAUGCGUCACCCAACAUCCAACACAGAGGACAGGAAGAGCUACAAGGUCCGUUUCAACAGCGUUUCUUCAUACUCUGACACCCGCAAGUCCUCCAGCGACGAACCAGAGACAAGAAUUAACUUUGAGAGCACCGGACCUCUUGCUAAUGUCAGAUUCUCAGUGUUUGGCCUUGGCUCCAGGGCCUACCCACACUUCUGCGCCUUUGCCCACGCCGUGGACACGCUGCUCGAAGAGCUCGGGGGUGAGCGCAUCCUACGCAUGGGAGAAGGAGAUGAGCUGUGUGGCCAGGAGGAGUCGUUCAGAACAUGGGCCAAGAAAGUUUUUAAGGCCGCCUGUGACGUGUUCUGUGUUGGCGAUGAUGUGAACAUCGAGAAGGCCCACGACUCCCUGAUCAGCAACGACCGCAGCUGGAAGAAGAGCAAGUUCCGCCUGACCUAUACGGCCGAGGCCCCGGCGCUCACAGAAGCUUUAUACAAGAUUCACAAGAAGAAAGUUUAUGGUGCGAAGAUGCUUGAAUCUCAAAAUCUGCAAUCUCCCAAGUCCAAUCGCUCCACUAUAUUCGUGCGGCUCCACUCGAACAACCACGACAGCCUGAGCUACAAGCCCGGCGACCAUCUGGGCAUCUUCCCUGGCAACCACGAGGACCUGGUGACGGCUCUCAUAGACAAACUGGAGGACAGUCCGCCCGUCAAUCAAAUCGUCAAAGUGGAAUUCCUGGAGGAGAGGAACACGGCCCUAGGUGUGAUCAGUAACUGGACCAGUGAGACUCGUAUCCCUCCCUGCACCAUUUACCAGGCUUUCCAGUAUUUCUUGGACAUCACCACGCCACCCAGCCCAGUGCUGCUGCAGCAAUUUGCUGCUCUGGCAACCAACGAACAACAGAAGAAGAAGCUGGAGGUCCUCAGUAAGGGCUUGCAGGAGUACGAGGAGUGGAAGUGGUACAACAACCCCACGCUGGUGGAGGUGCUGGAGGAGUUCCCCUCCAUCCAGAUGCCCUCCACCCUGCUGCUCACCCAGCUGCCCCUGCUGCAGCCGCGCUACUACUCUAUCAGCUCCUCUCCAGACGUGCACCCAGGGGAGAUCCACCUCACGGUGGCUGUGGUCUCCUACCGCGCCAGAGACGGCGCGGGCCCCAUCCACCAUGGAGUGUGUUCAUCGUGGCUCAACAGGAUCGAGAAGGGGGAGAUGGUGCCGUGCUUUGUCCGAGGUGCCCCGUCAUUCCAGCUUCCGACAGACAACCAAGCACCUUGUAUCCUGGUGGGUCCAGGAACAGGCAUCGCCCCAUUCAGAAGCUUUUGGCAGAAGAGACUUUUUGACCUUGAGCACAAUGGGAUUGAAUCCUGCCCCAUGAUCCUGGUGUUUGGCUGUCGGCAGUCUGAGAUGGACCACAUUUACAAGGAGGAGACCAUCCAGGCCAAGAACAAAGGGGUGUUUAAGGAGCUGUACACGGCCUAUUCCCGAGAACCCGGCAAACCAAAGAAAUACGUACAAGAUGUUCUACGCGAGCAUCUGUCAGAGAAGGUGUACCAGUGCCUGAGGGAGGAGCGCGGACACAUCUACGUGUGCGGGGACGUCACAAUGGCCGGAGACGUUUUCAAGACCGUCCAGCAAAUCAUCAAGCAGCAGGGCAACAUGAGUCUGGAGGAUUCCGGCUUUUUCAUCAGCAAGCUGCGGGAUGAAAACCGCUAUCACGAGGACAUCUUUGGCGUCACCUUGCGCACCUACGAGGUGACCAACCGGCUGCGCUCCGAGUCCAUCGCCUACAUCGAAGAAAGCAAAAAAGACUCCGAUGAGGUUUUCUGCUCGUAGGUCGACGCAUCAGGGUUGCUCUCUGACAACAGCCAGUCUGGAGGACACAUGAAAAGCUGGUUAAAGAAUACUGUGCCAAUUUUUGUACUGUAAAGAAGAAAAAAAAAAAUAAGAAAAAAGGAAAAAAAAAAAGGAUUUCUUUCUUCUUUUUUGUUUUGAUACCACUUCAAUGUUUCUGUUGGGCUCUGCGAUUUUUGUCUGUAGCAAGCUGGAAAUGUUCUGUUCUCUGAGAAUCUGUUUUGCUUGUUGAUGAUACUUCCAAAAAUGACGAAUUGAUCAUUUUGAUUCAUAAUGUGUGCACCUAGUGUAAUAACCUGCCUCAUUGUGAAUGCAUGACCAAGACAAGAAUAUACUCAAGAAAUAUAUUAUACUCUGUGUUAUUGUUCAAAAGGCUUUUAUUGAGGUUUUAUAUCUGCAAAAAGAAAAAAAAAAGUGUGACAUUGAUGACAAGCUGAUAUUUUAGUAUGAAACCAGCCAGUGUCGGUUUGGGAGCUUCAGGACUGGUGGUUUGUUGUUGUUUUUAUGGGCAAAGUUAGAAGAGUUGAAUAAUGUACCGGCGUGCUGACAGGUCACCCUGAAUUAUAAAAACAUCCACCCUGUCACAGCCUCAGCGAACGUGAUCUGCAGCUCUUCACUGGCAAUCCAUCAACACGCAUCAGCCUGAGCGCCAGCGCUCUUUUUAGUGGCCUGUCCAUCCUGUCACAACAUCAUAAUCGUGUGUGUCCCAGCUGGUGUGUGCUGCUGAAGCAGCUGCCCAGGAGACAAAAAAAUAAAAGA